ACAGCGUCACUAGCUAAAGCAAACCAGUCAUAAAACAGGUUUGUUUACAUUGUCUCCUGCAUGAACAUAUGCGGAUGUCAUUCUAGGAAUGUUGCCUAAAUAUUUCGGACAGCCAGUUUUACGCGUUUUCUUCAGUUGCGUUUGCCUUUUAGUCUAGAUAAAAUUUCAGCCUAGGUGUAAAGCAGUUAUCCUUAUAACGACCAACUCCUAUUGUAGGCCUACACAGCCUGCGUUUCGAUGUGGAGUCAUUUUUCCAAAAUAUGUCGGGCAACCAGUUUUACGGGUGUUGUCUUUGACACAGCCUGGGUUUCGACAUCACGGGGGAUAUUUAUAUCUCGGGAUAUGGUGUUCCCCUUGAAAAUCACUUGCCCUUACUCGCACUUCUGCAGCGCACGAUGAAGGCACUGUUAUAGGGCGUCAUUGCCAGUGCAAGUGCUGUUAUUCCAACAUGUCGUACCUCUACGCGGGGGAAUAUAAUUGCUUAGAAACUACGACAGUGACUUGAGGUAACGAGUGAUCAUGGAGAGCUUCUCUCCGCUGGUCCUGGCCAUUACUGCCACCAGCUUUGUGACGUUCCAGUGUCUGUUCCACUUUGUCAGCCCCUGGAUCUCUGCUCGGUUCUUUCCUGGGUACCAACGUCUUAGCCCCAGACACACCAUAGAGUGGAACUCCAGAACUGUGUCUACAUUACACGCCUUGAUAGUGGGGCUUUUUUGUCUCUACAUAUUACUACAUGAUGAUGCAGUCAAUGAUGACCCUGUCUGGGGAGAUCCGUCACUGGUGAAAAUAAAUGUGGCCAUAACCUGUGGCUACCUCCUAUCAGAUAUGCUGCUCAUAUGUUACUAUUGGCGGGCGAUAGGGGACACGUUUUUUGUAAUCCACCACCUGGCAGCACUGUAUGCUUACUACUAUGUACUGAGCAUAGGAAUGUUGCCUUAUUUUGCUAACUUCCGUCUGGUCGCAGAGCUUUCUACUCCUUGUGUGAAUCAGCGCUGGUUCUUUGAAGUGCUUGGUUACCCAAAAAGAUCAUUACCAAAUAUGGUCAACGGCAUUGCCAUGACGGCAUCCUUCUUCCUGGUGAGGAUAGCGGUCAUGCCACUGUACUACAGCCGGAUGUAUGCCGUGUACGGGACGGAACCCUUCUACCGGGUGACUUUUGGUGGCCGCUGUGCCUGGAUGGGCCCCAGUUUCUGUCUAGACAUUAUGAAUGUCAUGUGGAUGCAUAAAAUGGCCCGCGGCUGCAUUGGUGUCCUGCGCUCUCCUGGAAAGGUGAAAGUGGAAAAGAUGCAGAAUGGGAAAGUGCACUGAGGGAUAGAAAAAGGCAAUGAUGGUGUUAUUUUAUUAUAUGUCUGCUUCAAAUGGUUCAUGGACAUUUUUGGAUCAAAUGGUUCAUGGACUGGAAAUGUCUUGAGAGUCCCUAGUAUCUCUUGACCAGCCCUAGGUAAAUUGUGUACCACUACACUUAUUUGCCCAGAAGACUUACAAUUAAACAAGCACGAAAGUCCUCCACCAUGAUGGGAGGGGACAUUGUAAAAGCCAUUGGACUACUUCUCCUCUUGGUCAUUACAGAUAGAGAGUAAGUGAAUGGACUGUGUGGCAUCAUGGAUGGAAACAGACAGACAAAUACUAUUUUCUGCUGGACCCUUUGUUUGUAAAUUGUUGAUGUCCACCAAAAGGUAUUGUGCGUAUUGCCAAAAUGAUAUGAACUGACAUUGAAGAGAAUGGAAAAGGAGCUCACAUAUUUUUGUAAUGUUUAUGAAGCUGUAAAGAUGGCUCUUGCACAAAUAUCAUGAGAUAUAUGUACAAAAAUAACAUAAUUACUAAUUAAAUCUGUGUUUUCACCAGCAUUAGGAUGUAAAAAAUGUAUAUUGUUAGACUCCUACUGAAGUCUCUCUGCUCAGGAGCCUGCUCAUGUUUGGAACAUACAGUAGGCCUAGGAAUUAUUAGUUGUGCAUAUAUUAUCAGGGUAGAUUAAGACAAAACACAGCAAACAUGCCAGAAUGUGUCAUUUUAUCUCUAGAAGGGACCUUACUGAGUGAUGUAUGAUAACAGCCAUAAAAGUGCACUUAUGUCUAACCGACACACACAGUACAACUUCACUCAAGCAGCUUCACACAGUUAACAAAUGACUGAUCAUACUUCACUGUCACUGUUGAAACAGAGCUUCAUAAUGUAAUGUGAAAAAUGAAUGAUGGUUUCCUGUUGGAUUUCUGGACGAGAAUAUAAUGCUAUUUAUUGUGACAUUUACAGCUAUGGUAAUUUUAAUAUUUCAUUUAAAAAAUGAAUUCUAAUAAUGUAGUCUUCUUUGAGUGAGUGAUUUAUGAACUAAAUGUCCAUAGCUGCUUUAAAAGUCUUCAGACCGUUGUCAUAAGACAACACUUGUCUGCUUGUGUCUGCUGUGGAGAUGUCCUGCUCUCUUGGAUAUGCUGCUCUCUUGUGGAGACAAAGCAGGACUGCAAACAUUGUAUUUUCCAUUUUAUCAAGACGAGACAUACUCAAAGGGAGGGUACAUUUUACAUUUUAGUCAUUUAGCAGACGCUCUUAUCCAGAGCGACUUGGAGCAUACAUUUAUUUUUUCAUACUACAGUGGGCAAGGAGCAUUGAGCAAUAUUCAUAAACAAAUAAUUGACGUUAAGACCUUGGUUUGGUGUAAUUUGGUAAUCACAUUGUUUUGUCUAAAAGUUCGAUACUUAUGGCUACUUUGCCCACCAGUAUUACCUCUGGCUGUUAUAAAAACGUGCAAUUAUG